UAAAUUUUCGAGCACGUUUACCUACUCAAAAAUACGACUCUUUUGGGAGAAAGGAAUAAUAAUAACGAUUCCUUCAAAUACAACAGUGCCUUGGCGCCGUUCGGUGCUCGGCCGUGAUGGAUAAAGGUCACAGUGUUUGAGGAGGAGGAGGAGGAGCAGUGUGGUAUAAAAUGUGAAGGAUUGUUUACAUUAAUCUGCCAAUCACCUGGACUGCUCAGUGGCCAUGUUGUAACUCCUACUAGAGUUCUUCCUACUUCUCGUGAAGGCGGCUGACUGUCUGUGAAGGUUUUGGUUUCCCUCUUGAUAUUAGAAGCACUGGUAAAUUAUCGCAACUUAGUCCGCUUGAACUUUGAAAACCAAAUGCAGGCAGCCAGUUUUAUCGCUGCAGUGCGGAGAGGAUGCACGCAGACCUUCAGACGACCUCAGCUGCUUGCUUCCUCUUCGAUGGUGCAGUGCUGCCUGCAGUCCACACAGCCUGUCCCUGCAGCCCGGCUGCCCUGCAGGGUCAGGCUGUCUGCUGGGAAACGCUACGCCUGGUGUUCCUGUGGACACAGCAAGAAGCAGCCUUUCUGCGAUGGAGCUCACAGGACAAACGCACCGAGCUUCUCUCCACUCCGCUUCAUCCCCGACAGAGACAGGACAGUCAUGCUAUGCGCCUGUAAGCAAACAAAAAACGCGCCCUACUGCGAUGGCUCGCACCUUAAGGUCAUCUUCCAGGAUUUAGUGAAGUCGGUGAAAAGCGUGUUUAAAUGAGCAGAAUUCAAGAUGUCUGCCCUGCGGAGCCAAGGAGUAAUAAAAAGGGAAUUUAAACAGAAAAACGAUGACUUCAAGAGUUAUGUUGUCUCAACAGAAGCACAGAGGCUGUGAGGAUCAACAGCAUCUGCUUGUUUUUGUUGGGAGGAUGUGAUAAUGUCCAGAUACCCUGCAUUUAUUUAUCCUCUCCAUACUUGUCAGACUGAUACUUUGUUUGCACUAAUGUUUAUUAAAAUGUGUUUUGUAAACUACAUUCUCAUACAAAUUCACAACCCAUUAAAAUGCUUCAAAAACUA